AUGGCCCAAAGCGCGGAGCGAGGCUUUGGAGGCGUGGGCUGGGGACUGCGCGGCGCCCUAGUUGCGGUGGCGGUGCUCUCAGCGCUCAAUGCCGCAGGCACGGUGUUUGCGCUGUGCCAGUGGCGCGGGCUGAGCGCGGCGCUGAGGGCGCUGGAGGCGCAGCGGGGCAGGGAGCAGCGCGAGGACAGCGCCCUGCGCGCCUUCCUGGCGGAGCUGAGCCACGCGCCGCGCCGGGCGCCCGCCCCACCCCCGGACCCCGCCGGCGCUGCGCGCAAUAAGCGCAGCCACAGCGGGGAGACUGCGCCGCACAUCCGCGGAGAGAGCCACGACAUGCUGAUGAUGAUGACCUACUCCAUGGUGCCGAUCCGAGUCAUGGUGGACCUGUGCAACAGCACCAAGGGGAUAUGCCUGACAGGACCACCUGGCCCACCAGGACCUCCGGGAAUUGGUGGGUUACCAGGACACAAUGGAUCGGAUGGACCACCUGGUCCCCCGGGCCCAAAAGGCGAAAAAGGAGCAAAUGGAAAAAGAGGAAAAAUGGGGCUACCAGGAGCCACAGGAAUUCCAGGAGAAAAGGGAGACCCUGGUGAACUGGGCUUGACUGGAAGUGAGGGCCCAGCAGGGCAGAAGGGUGAAAAGGGGGACAAAGGGGACGUAUCCAAUGAUGUGCUAUCCACAGGUGCCAAAGGUGACCCAGGCCCACCAGGCCCACCCGGCCUACCUGGGCCCCCGGGCCCUCCAGGUCCCCCGGGGCCUCCUGGAAGCAGAAGAUCUAAAGGCCCUCGACAGCCAAACAUGUUCAACGGCCAGUGCCCAGGUGAGACAUGUGCUAUCCCCAAUGAUGAUACCUUGGUUGGAAAAGCUGAUGAUAAAGUCAAUGAACACCAUUCCCCACAAGCAGCAUCCACAAUCACUUCUAUUGGAGAUCCAGUGCAAGUAUUAAAAGUUACAGAGACAUUUGGGACUUGGAUAAGAGAGUCUGCUAACAAGAGUGACGAACGGAUCUGGGUGACCGAACAUUUUUCAGGCAUCAGGGUGAAGGAAUUCGAAGACCAGCCCUCCCUGCUGAAUGGCAGUUACUCACUCAUCCACCUCCCAUAUUAUUUCCAUGGCUGUGGGCAUGCCGUCUACAACGGCUCUCUCUACUACCACAAAGGAGGCUCCAACACCAUAGUGAGAUUCGAAUUUGGCAAAGAAACAUCCCAAACACUGAAGCUUGAAAAUGCCCUGUAUUUUGAUCGAAAAUACCUCUUCGCCAAUUCCAAGACUUACUUCAAUUUAGCUGUAGAUGAAAAGGGCCUUUGGAUUAUCUAUGCUUCCAGUGUGGACGGCUCAAGCAUUCUUGUAGCCCAACUGGAUGAGAGGACGUUCUCUGUGGUGCAACACAUCAAUACCACAUACCCCAAAUCUAAGGCUGGCAACGCCUUCAUUGCCCGAGGGAUCCUCUAUGUCACAGACACCAAAGAUAUGAGGAUAACAUUUGCCUUCGAUUUGUUAGGAGGGAAACAGAUUAAUGCAAGCUUUGAUUUAAGAACUUCGCAGUCUGUUCUUGCCAUGUUAUCAUACAAUAUGAGAGACCAGCACUUAUACUCGUGGGAAGAUGGCCAUUUAAUGCUUUAUCCCGUGAGGUUUUUAUCAGCUACAUUAAACCAGUGAUGGAAUGCAUUCUGUUCCUCUCAG